AUGUAUCUGCCUUUUACAGCUGCUUCGCAGACGAUCCCACCUGCAUUAGCCACCACGUGCCCUCAUCCAGUAGACUUAGUCUUCCUUGUAGACAGCUCGGAGAGUUUCAGGACAAGCGGUUUCGAUGAUGCAAAGCUGUUUCUUCAGAAUGUAGUCAACUAUUUUACUCUGGGAGAAAACGACACAAGGGUCGGUGUUGUGACGUUCAGCAACGCCGACAAGCAGGUUACUUGGGUUAGGCUCAACGAAAAUUACACCAGAGUUGAACUCUUGGAAGAAAUUGGCAACAUUCCCUACGACAGAGGCAGUACCUACACAGGACUUGGUCUCGAUUACGUGCGCAACAAUUCCUUCCUCGAAGUAAACGGCCGGCGGAGUAGUACUCUUGACUUUUUGGUGGUAUUAACCGACGAUGUACCUGAGGACGACGUCAUCGUUCCCGCUCAACUGAUACGCGAUAUGGGCAUCACCGUGUUUGUUGUGGGCGUUGGCGAGGAAAGCGACAUUAGUCAAGCUACUCUAGAGACUAUUGCUGGAGAUCCGAGCAGGGUGUUCAGACUGACGGACCAUGGUGAGCUUGCGGAGAGCGUGCGAGCCAGAGCUAUAGGAGGGAACAUUUGCAACGCGGCUGAGUGUCCGGCGCUGACGGCACCAACUAACGGAGCUCUCAGUACCCCAGCGACCUCCUACCUGACCGUGGUCACCUUCACCUGUAACCCGGGAUACGUACUGACCGGCGCUGUUAACGCGAUGUGUCAAGCCAACAUGACAUGGAGUAACACUGUUCCAACAUGUCCACGUAAGACGACUUGCAAGUUGACAUAUGCUAGCAAUGUCUAUAGCGUGCAGACAUUCACCAGAUAG